AUAAAUAGAUCCAGGAGGUUGGGUUGCCAGUCAAACUCGAAUAGCUGGGACGCAGGAAAGAUGCCCGCAUCGCAAACUGGAUUUGGCAACUUCUUCUUUGAGAGGAACAUCAGCAUGCCGACUGGAUAUCAGAUUCCGGUGCUGGGAUGCCCACCGGGUGCGCAACAGCAGCAGGCGCAGCAUCUGGCAGCGAUGGCAGCUGGGGUUCCCAUAACGUACUCAGGACUACAAGGAUACAACUUUAUCCCCUAUCCACACCACAGGCACAUCACACACAUGAACAACGGUUUCGACUUGAAGGCCGCCUCUCCCUACCAUCACGCGCUCCUGGCUCGCGGGGGAGCUUUCUACCCGCCGUACCGCCCGGGAGCAGCCGAGGACCCCGGUAGGGUCGCCAAGGUGGCCACCCGAGAGAGCACCGGGGCGCUGAAGGCCUGGCUGAACGAGCACCUGAAGAACCCGUAUCCGACCAAGGGUGAGAAAAUCAUGCUCGCCAUCAUCACCAAAAUGAGCCUCACGCAGGUCUCCACCUGGUUCGCCAACGCGAGGCGACGCCUGAAGAAGGAGAACAGGGUCAGCUGGGCGUGUAAGGGCAAAUCAGAUGAGGAAGAUGAGGAGCAGGAGGGGGAGAGCGACGAGGACGACGGUCCUCUGCAGAAAUGCCAUUUGGAUGAGCGGGAUGAGGCAGAACCUCAAACUGAGCGCGCAGACACGGAUGAGCAGGUCGAGAGCGCGUUGGACAGCUCGGCACCUGUGGAUGCGCGUUGUUUGGAGGUGCAGCCGAGCAGCAAGCACGAAGACAGGGAACUUGCACUUGUCAAGAAAGUGGAAAAGAGUGACUCUGAUCGCACGCCAUCCGCUUUGGAGAGUAAAGAAAACAUUGCCAGCCAGAAACCCAAAAUCUGGUCUUUGGCAGAAACCGCCACCUCAGAGACUGUGAAGAAACCUUUGGACAGUAUUUACCACCCGGCCGGGAAACUGUGGGCUGAGUGGGCUUCGAGAAACGGACUGUUUGUUCCGUCAUGCUACACCACGCAUGAAAUUGUCUGAGCGGCUAUUUAGACUCAAUCGAGAGACACUGUCCACACCUUUUGCACUUUAAACAUUCAAACCUCAGGGAUCUGAUCGUCAACUCCUGAAGUUUGCAGUGAAAUUUAAAAACAAAAAUCUGUUUUGAGACCAAAGACUAAAGACAUGUUAUUGUAAAUAAAUGUAGAUGUAUUUUUCCAUCUCCAACCUGUAAAUUAUGUUUCCUUUGUCUAAUC